AUGGCAUGCCCCAAGCACCUCGAGCAGAGCAUCGCUACGUCCCUGCGACAGCACCUGAAUGUCGGGAAGGACACCGCGACCAGCAACGAGCUUCAGAAUGCCUUCGAGCUCAGCCAGGAGUUCAGCCGCACCAAGUUUGACAUCCUGGACCAAGCAUCUGACCUUGGUCUUGAGGUCAAGGACGUAUACUACAACGCCAGCCCGGCUGUGCUCUACGAGCAGGCACUGCGUCACGAGGAAGGCAGCUUCAUCACGGCGUCGGGUGCCCUGUCGGUCACCAGCGGCAAGAAGACAGGGCGAUCUCCCAAGGACAAACGCAUUGUGGAGGAGUUCGACAGCGUGCGUGACAUUUGGUGGGGGAAGGUCAACAUCAAGUUGGAGGAGGCCGUGUUCGAGAUCAACCGUGAGCGAGCCGUGGACUACCUGAACACCCAGAAGAGGCUUUACGUCGUGGAUGGCUUCGCAGGUUGGGACGAGGAGUACAGAAUCCCAAUCCGCGUCAUCACCUCCAGGGCGUAUCACGCGCUCUUCAUGCAGAACAUGCUCGUCCCACCUUCGAAGUCGGAGCUCUACCAGUUCGAGGCCAACAGCUUCCCCCGGCCGUUUGUGAUCUUCAAUGCAGGCUGCUUCCCAUGCAACCGGCACACGGCUGGUAUGACUUCGACCACUUCCGUGUCCCUGUCGCUUUGCCGGGGUGAGAUGGUGAUCCUCGGCACGCAGUAUGCCGGGGAGAUGAAGAAGGGAGUCUUCACGGUGAUGAUGUACCACAUGCCUCUGCGGCCAGAACGGCAUCUGGGCCCUGCAGAGAGGGCGCUGCCACUGCACUCCUCGUGCAAUGUGGGCCCUGAGGGAGAUGUCUCCCUCUUCUUCGGGCUCAGUGGCACUGGGAAGACGACACUCAGCGCCGAUCCGGCAAGGAAACUCAUCGGAGACGAUGAGCAUGUCUGGACGUCCAAGGGUGUCUUCAACAUCGAGGGCGGCUGCUAUGCCAAGUGCAUCAACCUGUCUCGUGAGAAGGAGCCUGAGAUUUACGACGCCAUCCGCUUCGGGAGCGUGCUGGAGAAUGUGGUCUUCGACGAGUGGAGCCGAAAGGUCGACUACGACAACGUCUCCCUGACGGAGAACACGAGGUGUGCAUACCCGUUGCACUACAUCCCCAACGCACUCAUCCCUGCCAAGAUUGACAGCCAUCCCAGCAACGUGAUCCUCCUGACCUGCGACGCCUUUGGGGUGCUUCCGCCCAUUUCCAAGCUCACGAAGGAGCAGGUGAUGUACCAUUUCAUCUCCGGCUACACCGCCAAGGUCGCCGGAACAGAGAUGGGUGUCACAGAGCCACAGGCGACCUUCUCAGCAUGCUUCGGGGGCCCGUUCUUAGCCAUGCACCCCUACCACUAUGCAGAGAUGCUCGCCGCCAAGUUGGAAAAGCACGGUGGCCAUGCGUGGCUGUUGAACACCGGCUGGGUCGGCGGCGCCUAUGGCAUCGGCGAGCGGUGCCCGCUAAAGUUCACACGCCAGCUGGUGGAUGCUGUACAUGAUGGCACUCUGGCGGCCAUGAAGGACGAGGACUGGGAGCCUCUGCCCAUCUUUGGCCUGCAGAUGCCCCGGAAGGCCGUGAAGAGCGUGCCGCGGGAGAUCCUCUGCCCCGAGGAUGCAUGGAGGUCAAGAGGCCAGUCCUCCGCAGAGUUUUGGGCCGCCGCUAGCAAGUUGGCUUUGUUGUUCCAGAAAAAUUUUGAGGAAUACGCUCCGCAGUGCCUGCCGGCCGUUGUACAGGCGGGCCCACAGGCAUCUAAGGAGGGCUCGGGCUACCCCUGA